AGUACAGGCAGAGUUCAGGCAGCGUCAGGACAGGCAGAAAUAGGAUCUGGAAACCAGGGCCAAGCAAACAGUACAACAAGGCACAGACUGCAGGUCUGGCCAUCCCUUAAAUACACCACCUGCAAUCAGCCCCAGGUGAUGGCUAAUUGCCGAAGUGAGCCUCUGGUUGUUGAGAGCACCCGCUGGCCAGCCCUGGUACUGCAGCCCACAAGGCAGGUGAGUCCCACCAUUAUUGGCAAGUCCAUUCCUGACAAACACUCCUUUCUCACUGACUGUUUGAUCAGGUCCCCUUGUCAAUUUUUCAGGCAGACUCAAUCG